GCAAUCCCUAAAGGGACAGAGUUCGAAUCAAGGCAGUCUCACAUAUCGGAGAAAUCUCUCGUCACGUCUCUCAGCUUCGCCUUCAACACCGUCGUCGCCGUCACGGCCAACUCCGUAAGAUUGGAAGCUGUUGUUUCGAAUCGAUUCAAGCCUCGAAUCUGAGUUUCGGAUCGAUAUUAGAAGCUAAGGUAGGAGCUUUUUGAGUGAAGGAGUUAUGGUAUGGUGUAACCAUUGCGUGAAGAAUGUUCCCGGAAUACGCCCUUAUGAUGGUGCAUUGGCAUGUAAUUUAUGUGGGAGGAUAUUGGAGAAUUUCCAUUUUUCUACCGAAGUUACAUUCGUUAAGAAUGCUGCUGGACAGAGCCAAGCAUCAGGUAACAUAGUGAGGAGUGUUCAAAGUGGGAUUACAAGCUCACGUGAAAGGAGAUUUAGAAUAGCUAGAGAUGAGCUUAUGAAUUUGAAAGAUGCAUUGGGGAUUGGUGAUGAGAGAGAUGAUGUGAUUGUCAUCGCAGCUAAAUUCUUUGAAAUGGCAGUUGAGCAGAAUUUCACGAAAGGCCGCAGAACUGAACUAGUACAGGCUUCCUGCCUCUACUUGACGUGCAGGGAAUUGAACAUUGCGUUGCUUCUUAUUGAUUUCUCAAGCUACCUUCGAGUUAGCGUUUAUGAGUUAGGUUCUGUAUACUUACAACUCUGUGAAAUGCUGUACCUUGUGGAAAAUCGGAAUUAUGAAAAGCUUGUUGAUCCUUCAAUUUUCAUGGAUCGAUUCUCAAACAGCUUAUUGAAAGGAAAAAAUAAUAAAGAUGUUGUGGCAACAGCUAGAGACAUUAUAGCUAGUAUGAAGAGAGAUUGGAUACAGACCGGCCGGAAGCCUAGUGGAAUAUGUGGAGCAGCACUUUACACAGCUGCUCUUUCUCAUGGUAUCAAGUGCUCUAAGACAGAUAUUGUAAACAUUGUGCAUAUAUGUGAAGCAACUCUCACCAAACGAUUGAUUGAGUUUGGCGAUACGGAUUCUGGAAAUUUAAAUGUUAAUGAGCUCAGAGAAAGAGAAUCGCAUAAAAGAUCUUUUACCAUGAAACCAACCUCAAAUAAAGAGGCGGUGCUCUGUAUGCAUCAGGAUAGUAAACCUUUUGGUUAUGGACUAUGUGAAGACUGCUACAAAGAUUUCAUAAAUGUUUCUGGUGGACUUGUUGGUGGGUCCAAUCCUCCUGCUUUCCAGCGCGCAGAGAAAGAGCGAAUGGAAAAAGCAGCUAGAGAAGAAAACGAGGGAGGAAUUAGUAGCCUAAACCACGAUGAACAACUAUAUUCAGACUAUUGCAGUAUGAGCAAAAGGGGAAAACAAUGUUCUGAGAAAGGUGAAAAAGAUAAAGAUGGGGCUGAAGAACAUGCUGAUACUUCGGAUGAAUCAGACAACUUUUCUGACAUCAGUGAUGAUGAGGUAAAUGGCUAUAUCAACAACGAGGAGGAAACGCACUAUAAGACGAUCACAUGGACAGAAAUGAACAAAGAUUAUCUUGAGGAGCAAGCUGCUAAGGAAGCAGCUCUGAAGGCGGCUAGUGAAGCUUUAAAAGCUAGCAACUCUAAUUGCCCAGAAGAUGCAAGAAAGGCUUUCGAAGCUGCCAAAGCUGAUGCGGCAAAAUCUAGAAAGGAAAAGCAACAAAAAAAAGCUGAGGAAGCAAAGAACGCGGCUCCUCCAGCCACAGCAGUGGAGGCGGUACGCCGAACGCUUGAUAAAAAGAGACUUAGUUCGGUGAUCAACUACGAUGUUUUGGAGUCGCUAUUUGAUACAUCCGUAAGUUUUUGAUUACCUCUUCUUGUAUCCUCAAUUCUCAUCACUUUUUGAGGUCUUUACAAUUUUGCUUCUCUUUUCUUCUUUCAGGCACCUGAGAAAUCACCCAAGAGGUCGAAAACAGAGACAGACAUUGAGAAGAAGAAGGAAGAGAACAAGGAAAUGAAGAGUAAUGAACAUGAGAAUGGUGAAAAUGAAGAUGAAGAUGAAGAGGAUGAAGAAGAAGGCAAUGUAGAAUCAUACGACAUGAAGACAGAUUUUCAAAACGGCGAGAAAUUCUAUGAAGAGGACGAGGAAGAAGAAGAGGAUGGUAAUGAUUUUGGAUUGUAUUGAUGAUAUGUAUUGUGAAACACAAGAGUUUUAAUUUCUUUUGUUUUGCCGGAUUAGUUGAUUUUAUUUGCAUUAAUAUAGGAGAACCCCAACUAAAUUUAUUCUUUAUUAUCAGUAACAAAUAUUUAAGAUUUAAAAGAAAAAAAAGUUCACACAAAUGAU